AUGGUCCUCAGCGAGUCGACGACAAUGUCGUACACGACCAAGGUGGCGACGGGUGGGGGAACAACGACGACGACGACGACGACGACGACGAAGGCAAAGCCGACGGCGAGGAGAAAGGAGAUUCUGUCCAAGGUCCGCGGCGGCCUCAAGCCGCACGAGACCUAUUCCAAGAUCAACUGGCGCUCCGUCUUCUUCGUCUUCGGCAUCCCCAUCGCGGGCUUCCUCGCCGCGCCCAGCACGCCGCUGCGGUGGCAGACGUUUGUCUUCUCGGCCAUCUGCUACGGCGUCGCCAUCACGGGCAUCACCGCAGGAUAUCACCGCCUCUGGGCACACCGGUCGUACGAGGGCGGCGCGCUGCUGCGCGUCUACCUGGCCCUGGCCGGCGCCAGCGCGGCUCAGGGGUCGAUCCGGUGGUGGGUGCGCGACCACCGGGCUCACCACCGCUACUCGGACACGGACAAGGACCCGUACUCGGUGCAGGACGGGCUCUGGCACGCCCACAUCGGCUGGCUGCUGGUGCGCAAGGACAAGAACAAGGUGGGCCGGGCCGACGUCUCGGACCUCGACAGCGACCCGCUCGUCGUCUGGCAGCACCGACACUUCCUCGCCAUCCUCAUCGCCACCGUCGUCGUCCUCCCGCCCGUCGUCUGCGGCCUCGGCUGGGGCGACUGGCGCGGCGGCUUCGUCUACGGCUGUCUGGUGCGGACCUUCUUUGUGCACCAGAGCACCUUUUGCGUCAACUCGCUCGCCCACUGGCUCGGCGAGCAGCCCUACGACGACGCCCACACGCCGCGCGACCACCUGGUGACGGCCAUCAUCACCUUUGGCGAGGGAUACCACAACUUCCACCACGAGUUCCCCUCCGACUACCGCUCGUCGCCCGUCUGGUACCACUGGGACCCGACCAAGUGGCUCAUCGCGGGCCUCGAGUUCGUCGGGCUCGCCUACGGCCUCAAGACGUUUCGGCGCAACGAGAUCGAGAAGCGCAAGCUGCAGCAGGAGCAGAAGAACAUGAGCCGGAGGCUGGGCCAGCUGGACUGGGGCGUCCCGCUCGAGUGCUUGCCCAUUGUCGACUGGCCCGACUUCAAGAAGCAGGUCGACGACAACGGCAAGAAGUGGAUCGCCAUCGGGGGCGUCAUCUACGACGUGGCCGGCUUCAUGGACACGCACCCGGGAGGCAAGUCGAUGCUUAACAUGGGCAUGGGCCGAGACGCCACGCAGUGGUUCGAGGGCGGAGUCUAUAGCCACUCGGGCAAUGCGCACAACCUGCUCUGUGGCAUGAGGGUGGCUGUCCUCAGGGGCGGGAUGCAAGUAGAGACACUGAGCCAUUAG